AGGUGACAAAUUAAUUGCAAUACUGUAAUCACUUGAUUAUUAGAAAGAAUCCGUAGCUUAAAACAAUCACUUUUCUGGUACAGGAAAGGUACACUCAAUACAAUUCCAGAGCUGGAGUUCUGAAAAUUGGAAGAGGAGAAGAGUUUUAAUACUUUUUUGUCGUUCUUCCACCGAACAAAAAUACUCUCUGUAAACUGAUUUUUUUACAAUUUCACUACUACACAAAAUUAAUUGGCCCAAUCCAAUUUCAAAAUAGUAUUAUUUUAUCACAUAAAACUUAAGGUCCAUUACGGCCCAAAGUAUUUGGAAACCCAAAUUACCAAUACAGACUUUCCAUAACUUUCCCUAUCAGGCCCAUAAAACAUCAUCCUCUUAUUUUUACACACCAUAUCUCCAUUCUCUCCCGUUUCAUUGUCUAACAGAUUACGUUUCCACUGUUCUUCUGCGUAUUCAAACCUAGCCAUCUUUGCUAUACCCGAAGUAUAGCAAAAACAAUUUUCCUCCCAACUUCUGAAAUCUUAACUCCGUUCCUACCAAUCGAUUCGUUUUCCUCAGUUUCAUAGUCCUCAUAAAUUCAGCAAUUAAAUCUCAUCCAUUACAACCAAUUCAUACUCCAACCCUUUCUCUUCCAAACAAUGAAACCGUUUUUUGAAUUCAACUUCUAUAAAUUAGCCACCUAUAAGCGAAGCUUGAUUCUUCACAAUCCCUUCCUAUUUUACUUCUAUCUAAAACCUACGCAACUUCUUUCAAAAUGUCUUCCUCUGACGCUGUCGGUUUUCAUCAACCUCUUGAUCACUCAACCUUUCCUGCCCUUCAACAUGGGAGAUCCUCUCAAUCUAUCCUUGGUCGUCUACUUCGAUUUUGGGACUCGCCUAACAUCAACAAUCCAAGUGAACUCACAGGAAUCACUUUGCUUUUCCUUGAUGAGAAGGAUUCAAUGAUCAACGGAUUUAUUCCGGCUGAUCAAGCCGUCCACUUCCGUGGAUCUUUACAAGAGGGUAACAUCUACAAAGUUGCAGACUUUGAGGUUCAAAAAUGCCCACAUACGUACAAGAUUACGGAUCAAACUUACGUCAUCUGCUUCACCGCCCAGACAACUAUUGAUCCAGUGAUCAACAAUGUUCCAGUUAUCAACCACCAGAAAUUUAUGGUUCGCGAGUAUGCUCAUCUCCAAAUCCUUGCCAACACCAACUUAGAAUUACCUGAUGUUGUUGGUCAAAUCCAAUCUGUCAAAGGUUAUGAACUGAACAACACUGAAGUCGUUUCUCCAAUUCUCAUUGGUUUCCUCAUUGCCCCGAACAUCGAAGUGUGCUUGUCUUUAUAUGACGCUGCUGCAGCAAUGUUUAAGGGUCUACUAAACUUGUUGGAUAAACACAACUCUGUCAUGCUUGUCACAAGUGUGAACCCAAAAAAAAGUGGAGAUAACCUCUGCCUCAGCUCAACUCCGGCUACUAGAGUUUUUUUCAGCCCCGGCCUCCCAGACAUCAAACAAUUCAAAUUGAGCUUAAGUGGUGCAGGAGGUGAGCACUUCAACUGGUUGGACGACAACGCCACAAUCAGUAACAAACAACUUUGCUCAGUUGGAGAUCUCAACAUGUUCCUCUCCAGCACUACCACCCAGGAAGCUUCUUUUAUCUGCAAAGCCCGGAUUGUUGAGGUCUUGACCCAAAAUGGCUGGAACUAUCUCUCUUGCGUUCAUUGCAGCAAAGAAAUUGAGAAAUCUGGCGCAACUCUCCACUGCAACCGAUGCUUUACUUCCAAUAUCACCGGUGUUGUGAGGUACCGUGUAGAAUUAUUGGUUGAUGAUGGGAAUAAUUAUGCCAUUGUUGUCGUGUUAAACAAGGAGAUGCUCAAACUCACUAAGCAAGACGCAGCUAAUCUGCCUCUCAAUGAGGUUAUUUCAAAGCCACAAACACUUAUCAAAACUGUUGCAAUCACUCAGAUCUCAAUACAACUACAGGUCAAUAGUGGUGUCAAUGGGAAACUCCCUAAAUGCAUUGAGGAACUUGAAGGGCAGACAUUUAUUUUCCAUAUACGUGUCUCGCCCAGCAAUUCGGCUUCUUCCCGCUGCCCUUUCACAGUCUCUGCAAUCAGUGGGCAGAUUACCACAGAGGAUUUCAACAACUAUGAAACCCCAGAUACUGUAAGGAAAUUCGGCGAAGCAUCCACUUCCGAUUCUGCCAGCAACACGUCAACCGUUGAAGUCGAACAAAGUGGACGCAAAGACGCACGUGAGUGAGUCUUUGAAGGAACCAAAACGUCUGCCCAACUCUGCUUACCACAUCUUAGCUAUUUCAAUAUUACUAUGCAUUUACUCUUUCAGAUUUUUCAAAUUUGCUCUUUUCUCAGGUUUUUUUUCCUUCAAUGUAUUGCAUAUGAGAGGAUCACAGCUCUCAAAUUAAUGACACGGGUUGACGUCAUUUUUAUAAUAGUUGUUGCAAUUUUUUUU